CUUCACGCGGCGUCAUGCAGCGACGCACUGACGGUCGCGAUGACGGGUCAAUCAGAGUCACACAGGCGCGAGUGCGGUCAGUUUGAGUGACAGGCACAGGGUCGUCUAUGUGGCUGCUGCCUGUCGAGCCCUCGCUUAUGGCGGGGGGGCAUGAAACACCCGUCUCGAGCUGCGAAAGGGACGCAAUCGUGAAUGUCGAAUCAUCGCGGCCGAGAAUUAGCGGCUCAAGCUCGGAUUUAGCGAUGAAUGAUGGCCCAUUCGCAGCACUACCCUGUUGGUCAGAGAGAGGUGGGCUUGGCAAAAGGUAUGCAGGCAGGUAUACUUUUACGCAGGGUGGUACCAGUACCGCCAAGCACGACGUGUACCCGCAACGGAGUCCUCUUCCCGUACGGAGAGAGCGGAAACACCAAAUGAGUUCCACGCACAACGUAAGCCUAGAGUUACACUCCCGUGAAGGAAAGGAGAGGAGCUGGAUCGUCUCCGCGCGCGCAAGCGCGUAUGAACGGGAGCAAGCAACCGCGUUGUACGGCGCACAAACGCCGGCGGGCGGAACUCGGCGCGCGCGCGUGGAUCGCGGCGAUUCACGAUUGUCGAGAUCGAGAUCGGUCCCGCACGCAUGCCGCGCGCCGUAAGUUCCCGCUUGAGUGAGCGCGCGCGCGGGGUCAAGUGAGCUAUAGGCUGGAGUUGGACUCACGACUAGUCACGAUGAGUGGCAGCACGCACCUCUGUCACCGUAUACCACA